AUGAGUGCCUCGAUUUCCGGGCGCGCAACCAGCGGCGCGCUGGCGCCGGCCGAGAGCCGGGGUCGGUGCCCGUUGGCGCGCGCGCAGAGGUGCGCGAGGGGGCCCGUGCGAACCAGCCGCCUGGUGGUCCGCGCAGAGAAGAUCGAGGAGAAGGCCGCGAAGGCGACGCCAUCGUCGCAGAUUCACCGGACGCGACCGAGGGAGGAGCGGGCGAAAGGGAGGGACGUGUACUACCCGGAAACGUUCGACGAAAUCGUUCGCGACGCGGUUGUAUCGAUCAAGACGUACAUCGACGACGGCGGGUCCCUCAUGGAGGUUGAGUUCCCCCCGCUGCCCGGGAACGUGGACGGGUACAAGGGUGCGUCGGACGUGUUCAUCGACUCGAACGUGACGCUGGCGCUGGCGGCGGCGCGGUACCUCGGGGAGCAGGGCCUGAAGUGCCACCUCGUGGUGCCCGACGAGGGCGAGCUGGCGCGUUCGGAGCGCAUGUGCGAGGGCAAGCUGGACAAGCCCGGGGAGGGGGUGACGAUGGGGUGUCUGACGGGGCGCGAGGGCGUGGAGGGCGGGCUGACCACGGGGUGGGCGGCGACGCUGUUCAAGGCCGGCACGCAGGCGCCGAUCGAGGACGCGGGCGCGGCGGCCGCGGACGUGUUUUUGGUGAUCAACGCCUCGACGCAGGAGCUGCCCGCGGUGGAGCGGUUCGCGGACGAGGUCGCCAAGGGGCGCCCCGUGGUGCUGUGGAACCUGGAGCUCGACACGCUCCGCGGCGACCUCGGCCUGCUCGCGUUCCCGCCCAAGGCGAUGCAGUACCGCUUCCUGUGCAAGGUCAAGCCGGUGUUCUACCUCCGCACGCGCCAGUACAGCAAGUCGGUCAACGUCGCGCCCUUCCUGAUCAACUACUCCGGCGCGCUCUUCCGCGAGUACCCGGGGCCGUGGCAGGUCAUGAUCCGCACGGACGACGGCCGCCUGUGCUGCGUGGCCGAGGAGCCCAUCCGGUACACGCUCGGCGAGUUCAAGGAGGAGCUCAUGGCCGCCAUGGGGCUCGACACGGAGGAGGAGGGGUCCGCGGCGUACUUCCUGCGCCGCGGCGGCAAGACGUCCACCUGGUGGGAGGACGCGUUCGACGAGGAGGAGUCCCCCGCCUGGCGCAGCUGA